AUGGAUUAUAUCAAGCAGGCAGAAAGCACACAAUUAUCCUCUCUGUCCCUAUCACGACUUGAAGGAAACAACGCUGAAGAGUCAAAACGACUGUUGGAAGCAUGUGCGCAAGAUGGCUUUUUCUAUUUGGAUCUACGGGAUCACAAACAAUUACUAGUCGACUACGAAGCCCUGCUUGAAAUCAUCAAACAGUACUUCAAUGAACCUCUGGAUCAAAAGAUGAAGGACGACCGCAAAAGUGAUACCAUCGGCUAUGAACCAGUUGCAACAUCUGCCGGAGUACUGGACGGGUUACCAGAUUACUAUGAAUCUUUUAAGGUCUCGUGGAAUCAACUCAGAGAUCACGUUCAAGAGCUACCUACUGUUGUCGAAACUAAUAUCGAGGUUUUCGAUCGCUUUGCGAAGUAUGUCCAUAGCAUACUUCUGAUGAUAUUGUCACGUCUUUCCCAAACCAUGGGUCGCAAUAAUGACAACCGCUUCGAAUCUUAUCAUAGAGAUAGCAUUGCUACCAGGACGAACCUCACUUUUCUGAAAUACCCAAAGCAAGAUACAACAGAACACGGUGUAGGUCACAACAAGCACACAGACGUUGGUACCUUGACUUUUCUCCUCAGUGGCCAGCGUGGUCUCCAAAGACUUACACCAGAGGGUUGGUGUCAUGUAGAGCCACGUUCAGGUUUUGCAGUAGUCAAUGUUGGUGACUCUUUGAGAUUCCUCUCGGACUGUGUACUCUCAUCUGUAAUUCACAGAGUACUGCCCGUCGGCGCACAUCAGACCGAAGACAGGUACACAUUGGCGUAUUUUCUGCGCCCGGAGGACGAUGCGGUAUUCAAGGAUAUUAAUGGGAACUUGGUCAGUGCAAGAUCAUGGCAUGAUCGCAAGUUUGAUCACUUCAGAGCAUCGCACAACCAACAGAAGAAUGACACUAUCUUGAUGGGUGGUAUGGAAGAGAAUCAGAAGUUCUUACAGUACAAGUUCCAGGCUUAG